UAUUUCUUCCGCCCGAGCAGACGUAAACAUGGCGAAAGAUAGGGCGAAGGCGGCGCGGGAUGCGGGGUUCGAUGAGGAAGAUUUGGAGUGGAUUUCGUCUCUCAGGCAUGACAUUAACGAACAUCAAGAAACUGCUGGUGAAAAGUUUAUGAGAAAACUCAAGUCCAAUCCACUUGUACCCAUUGGGUGUCUCGCAACAAUAACAGCACUCAGCGUAGGUCUUUGGAACUUCAAAUCAGGCCGCAGCCAGGCGUCACAGCGCAUGAUGCGAAUGCGCGUUUUGGCGCAGGGUUUCACAGUAGCAGCUUUAAUUGGCGGCAUUGCCGCAAAUGCCCUCAAAUCUACAGCUGCCAACGAAGCUGCUGACAAGUAGCGGGGCUCAAGGAGCCCUGCAUCGCCUGUGUUGCAUCGCAAGCAAAAGUGUGGCCGAUAUUGUUUUUGAAACGUAUGACUGCUGGACGAUAGUACCUUGAUUUAUGGAUUAUGUGAUACAAGUACUAAGUAGAAUGGUGGACGAAGGAACCGCAAUGUGAAACGUGGGGACAAGAUGAGAUCGUGGCUAAGUGUCUGAAAGUUGUGAUGAUGGAAACUCUUGCUGAUAAUAAAGAAUACUGUAGACUGGUAGUAAAACAAAGUUGUUGUGCUCUGA